GUUCGGAUCAAGAGGGAACCCCUGCCAAGAAGAUAGGGGCUGCAUUGCAACGGUCGUCUUGUCGCCCGGAUCUAUCCGGAGCUGUUUGACAGUCAUGUCACCGCCGGCGUCGCUGUUCGUCGCUCUUAACACUCGACAUCGCGAUGGUCCCCUAAACGUACCUCCCGUUGCCCGAAUCGGUUUCUCUAACUCGCCAUUUUCAGAGCCAAGUCAGUUGACCGACAUUCUCGCAGAUCGAAGCAAUGCUAAAGCUCCUAUUUUUGGAACUGAUACCGGAUGGCUCGGGACAUUUCUCUCUUGACAGUUCUCUAGCGAAGCCUAUAAAGGUCAGUUUGCCGGGUAAAGGACCUCGAGGGAGGAGUGGCUUGAGGAAGAGGUUCGCCAAGAAGGAGACCACAACAAUGGUCGUUAUCCACCUCUGUCCCCUGCCGGUUCACCGGGUGGGCCUUCCAAGAGUCAGUCGUAGGGCUGAGAUACGGCGAGGCUCUUCUUGAUGAUCAUUGCCAAGCUUUUGGAGUUUGUAGGAUCUGAGGGCGGCACGGCGGGAACGCUUGGAGGAGUGCCCAGCUUCAACUUCAGCCCCGAAGCCUCAUUGUCCCCCUGACCGGGCGCCCUCCCAUAUGUUUCUUGUGCCUUUAAAAGGUCCGACCACCCUCCUUCGUUGGGACUGACAUUGUCACCAGAGUCUCUUGUCUUCUGGUCUCAGCUAAGGCCGAUAUCGUCAAGGCUGACUGACUGAUUGCUGUGAGCACCUUUCCAUUGUUGAUGACAGCGUCACUUCUCGCCUUGUGGUUAAGGGCGAUUUGUGUUCAGAGAAACACAUAUCCCACAAAACCACAUACAGGGCAGAAAGAACCCUUGCGCCUCAGGCAUCAUACCUUCUGGCGAAUCGGUUCGUUUGAUGAUGUCGCACAGAAUGGGAGGCUGAGAUCCCAGGCACGAACCGAACUCAUGGGCAGUGCAAGGCUCCGCCCCCUAGGUGUUUUGCCCCGCCCUGUGAAUGGGGGCGGGGGCUUCCAUUGGCGAACGCUCCCAGUGGGUCACUUUCCCAGAAAUUGUGGGACCGACCCAAACAGUAAUUGCCCCGGAUACAAGUAAGGUACCAACAGAACAUCACCUGCAAAUAUCGGAUCUUCUUUCCGCAUGAAAAGCCGCUCACUGUCAUAUGGAGACGAACCCAUUCACUCCGACAUCAAGUACUACAUGAUACAGCCAUAGGCUUUUGAAAAGGCAGGAAAGCAAAACAUUCCUUGAUUGCCAAGCCGAUCUCGCAGUAUGGUGAGCACGCAAGUAGUAGAGGUAAUCGCCUCUACAUUUUAUCAUAUAAGAUGCACGUCAGCUCGAAUCGUCGGAUUUGAUGAUAGAUCGCCAGCUACGGUACAAGCCAGUGAAUUCUGCAUCCCUUGAAUUACCUUACAUUAUCAUUUCAUCCCUUGACGUUCUCACAUUCAGCAUUGCACCAACGGAAGUGGCAAAGAGCAAACAGCUUUAAUGCUAGUUAUAUGCCAAGUACGGCAACGACAAAGGAAAGGAGCUCUGUCGCAGUAAACCGGCAGCACCGAAACUGCAGAAAGGAGUCACGGUACAAAAUGACAGACCUCGACCAUUCUCCCCCCCGCAACAUCUCCCCAAAUCGCCAUCAUCAACAAACCAUCACAAACCAAGCCUCAUACAACGACCCAAUCAUGUCACAUCAAGGCAAGAAAGAGGAAGGCACUGCCUUGUCGAGAGGGUUCAAAAGAUUAUCUGGAGUUUUCAAGAAAAAGUCAGAGUCCGAUCUGCGAGACCAGGGUCAAGUCUCCCAACCCAUCAGUACCGUCUGCGAUACCUUCGCCCCGAAUAACCCCUUCGCCAACUCCGAGGCAGCCCCGCCCUCUUACAGCGAGGCCAUGUCAGGCAAGCCCGGGGGAUCUAGUUCCAUUCCCGCCAUCGCGGCGAAAGGCAACCAGCUACAUGCCUCGAAUCACCAAGACCCGGGCGCCUCGACCUCCUUUCAACGGCGUGUGACCCUAAACGGGCAAGUCAUCACCGACAUCGACGACCCCUACGCCUUUCUCUCCAUCUUCGACACGGUCUUCCUCAUCGACGACAGCGGCUCGAUGAUUGGCCAGCGGUGGUCCGAAGCCAGGGACGCCAUUGCCGCCAUCGCCCCCGUCUGCGUCGCUCACGAUAAGGACGGUGUCGACCUUCACUUCCUGAACCACCCCCGAAGUUACACGAACAUCACCUCGGCCGCCAAGGUCAAUCAAAUCUUCAACAGCGUUCACCCGUCUGGACGCACGUUAACAGGCCAGCGCAUCUGGGACAUUCUGGGCCCGUAUCUAAAGAUGUACACGCGGGGUUUCGGGCAUUCUAGCUGGGACCCGGAGAAGACGGGCGUGAAGCCGGUGAACCUGAUUGUGAUCACGGACGGGGAUCCACAGGAUGAUCCGGAGUCGAGGAUCUUACAAGUCAUCAAGGAGUUGGAGAGAGUCAAUGCCCCUCCUUAUCAAAUUGGAAUUCAGUUCUUCCAGGUCGGAGAUGACCCGAGGGCUAGGGCGGCGCUGGCGGAGCUGGAUGACGAGCUGGGUGGUGAGAAAUCGAGGGAUAUGGUUGAUACCGUGACGUGGGACAAUGGAGAUACAAGAGCGAGGCAGUUGGAGGGAGAGAAAAUGCUCAAGAUUGUGUUGGGGAGUGUGGUCAAGAGGCUAGAUCGUCGGCCGGCGGCUGGUAAGGACAAAACGGCGAAGAGAUAUUAGGCCAAACUAUUGCCUUAUUUUACCUUUCUACCUGGCUUUUUUGGGGUUGGCGUGGCUAUGAUCAACAACUCGGAGUUCGGGUUGCUACCUUGACGGUUCGGGCCAAUGGAGGACCAAUCAAUGCAUCAACGGCGCCCAUGGUAUGUCCUGAACUCUGAGGACAUUUGGGGGGUUAUAGGUGUAUUCUUACACGGAAUACCGCCUGAUUUUGGGAAAGCGUUCAGCAAGUUCCAUAGGAAUUUCUUAUCGUUUUUAGUUACUGGAGACAGCCUGUCCUUCGACAGCAAACAAUCAACAUCACAAGCGCUCGAACACUACAAGUCGAUCAGCUCUAUAUACCCCUA